GUGUGGCAUUGUCUUGCGAAGUGAGAGCUGCUGGGAAGAUGCGCGCGGCAGCACUGCUCCUCCUGGCGCUGGUGGCGACGGUGGGCGCCGUCCCGGGCUUUAAGGGCUUUGGGGGCGGCGGCGGCAAGAAGGGCGGCGGCGGAGGAUCUCGCUACCACUACGUAUACGUGCCCGUGCACAUACCCGUCCACCACCAACACACCGUCAAGUACGUGGGUGGAUAUGGCGGCGGUGGUGGCGGCUAUGGUGGUGGCGGCGGAGGCUAUGGCGGAGGUGGAUUCGGCGGCGGCGGCGGCGGCGGCUAUGGCGGUGGUGGACAUGGCGGCUUUGGCGGAGGUCAUGGCGGCGGCGGCGGCGGCGGUUAUGGCGGUGGUGGACAUGGCGGCUUUGGCGGCGGUCAUGGCGGCGGCGGUGGCGGCUAUGGCGAUGGUGGACUUGGUGGUUUCGGCGGCGACCAUGGUGGCGGCGGCGGUGGAUACGGAGGUGGAGGCAGCUCUUACAGUGGAUACCAUUGAGAGAGCGCGAGAGACUAAGUCAUUCCUCUCACUCCCUCUCCCUUCCUCUCAUUUUCUACCUCCCUCCGUACCUGCCCCCCGCACCCUCCCUGCUCCUCCCUGGCCUCAUCUGUUUGUUACCUACAAUUACGUGUCUUGUUCUCGUUUCGUUCGUUCCUUUGUUCCGCAUCACGUGAUACAUGAAUAAAGUAUUUUAAAGUUUAAGUUUGAAAAA